CAGACUUCCUUCUAGACUCUUCGUCUCCUUGUUUAAAUAUCUAUCUCAGACGAUCAAAAGUGUGACAGAUUUUCAUUGGUGAAAAUAAUAGCGUUUUGGGUUUCUGGGGUCUGUGUUCUAUUCAGUUGUCAGGAUCAAUUUGUUUAUUCAGGCGCAAGGUUUAUUAGCAAGAGGAAUGGCCGCCAUGGCAGCUGCAAGGGGCGCUCGAAGGUCAAUCAUUCCGGCCGUGAAGAAACAUCUUGCAGGUUACGCUCGUGCAGGAGAAGUUCAAGUACCCCGCUGCUUAUCUACGGCCUCAAUGAAAGGUUACAGGCCAGAGGAUGAUUCCUCACUGCAAUAUGAGGGCCAGGAACGCCAGGGUGUGGAUGUUCGCCGAAGGGAUUUUUCUGAACUCUUUAACAUUCCCUUUUAUCCGCUGAGGGGCUUGGGUUUGGGAGUGGAUGAGCUCUUCAAUAACCCUUUUACAGUGGCGUCUCGCGGAAACGUGGAUGUAAGAAAGCCGUGGGACGCUGUGGAAGACAAAGAUGCUCUGCAUCUGCGGGUGGACAUGCCCGGACUUGGCAAAGAUGACGUUAGGGUUUAUGCGGAAGAGAAUUCGCUGGUGAUUAAAGGGGAAGCACAAUCUGAUGGAGAGUUGGACGGCAGUGGUAGGAAAUACAGCAGCCGCAUUGACCUCCCUCCUAAAGUGUAUAAACUUGAUCAGAUUAAAGCCCAGAUGAAAAAUGGUGUGCUCAAAGUUACCGUUCCAAAGUUCAAGGAAGAGGAGAUCAAGAACGUUAUCAAUGUAAAUAUUAGUUAGAGAUCUGUGUUAUUUUAUAGCUGAAAUCGGCAAGAUGAUUUUGAGUUGUUUUGAGAACAUAAUAAUGUGCAAGUUGAGAAUGUAAUGGAAGUUGUUGGGGCGUUUUGGAAUAUCACUAUAAAUAGAUGGGAACACUGAUCUGGAAAAAUUUCCAAUAAAAGCUCUCGUUAUUUUUAUCGA